CGCGCGUGUGUGCUGGAGUCCCUGUUCCGCAGUGAAGCUCCGCUGAAGCCCAGAGAGACUCAGAUAAAGGCGGUUUCUAAGCUUUUUAUACAUUUCUCCUGCAGAAGGGAAUAAAGGUUGGAUUGGGUGUUCAUAUGGAUGGAGUCUCCUGAUCUAAGUGGGUACUGCUGAGCCUGGUGCUUUUAUUUUAGAUAAGUAUCUCAGGGACAUUGGUCUGCCUGAUGAGGAAAGACUUUUAAUAUCUUUAUAGGUUUUCCUCAGAUACGUGGUAGAAAAUGUCAGACAUUAUGCUGAACCUAAACAUGGAUGGCCCCCGCCAAGGACAAAGAAAACCUGAAGGAAAUUCCAAACACAAGCGUUUUGUUAGGAAAAGGCACUUCCUGGAGCGAAAGGGUCUACUGAAUGAAAAGCAAAACACAAAUUACCACGACAAGCAAAGGAACUGCAAGAAACCAUGGUAUGGGCAAAGGGAUAAGAAGGACCAUUCUCAUUCUGGUGCUGUUUUCCCUAAAUUUGUUAAUUCUCAUCAUGAAUCAUCCUCACACCCUUCCAGUUCUAUGCAAGGCCACCAUAACUGUGCUUCUAAACACAACAAGGAAUCCUCUGUGCCUUCAAGUUCAACAUCUCGAGGAGAAUCCACUUCAUCAGUACAGAGACUGACACCAGAAUUAAGAAACGCACAUAAAUAUGUAGCCAUUGACUGUGAGAUGGUAGGGACAGGGCCCAAAGGGCAUUGCAGUGAACUUGCCCGCUGCAGCAUAGUCACCUAUGAUGGGGAUGUGAUUUAUGACAAGUUCAUCCAACCUGUGAACCCAGUCACGGACUUUCGCACUCGCUGGAGCGGGAUCAGGCGGCAAGAUCUACGCGAUGCAACACCUUUCAAACAAGCCCAGAGAGAUAUUUUAAAAAUCCUCUCAGGAAAGGUGGUUGUGGGACAUGCCAUUCAUAAUGACCUAAAGGUUUUACAUUAUUCCCAUCCCACCUGCCUUAUAAGAGAUACCUCACGCAUACCAAUCUUAAAUCAGAAAGCUGGACUGCCCAAGGACUCCCCUGCCUCCCUGAAGAAACUGACCAAGCUUCUCUUCAACAAAGACAUACAGAUGGGAAAGAAGGGCCAUUCAUCAGUGGAGGAUGCGAAAGCCACCAUGGAGCUGUAUAGACUGGUGGAACUGGAGUAUGAGAGGACUUUGGCUUCAAAAUCUGGGCACAAAAAAUAACAAAAAAAAGUGAAUGCUGCCAAGUGUUUUUAUUCAACUCUGAAUCAAAUCUUUUUUUCUUUGUUUUUUUUUAACAUCUCACAGUUUGAAUCACUUUUCAUACUGUACUUUUAGUUUUGAAUACUUCAAGGGGGCUCUAAUUACAAGUGAUUUUGAACUGUUCUUGCUCUUUUUACAAUUCUGAACAAUGUGUCUUUAUUACAUUCUUAUUGUUUAAUGAUUUUAAGUUUGUAUUGCUUGAUACACUGAAACACUUGGUAACAGUAAACUGUGGUCAUUGUUCAGUGAGA